UUCCAUAAGGGUGAGUUGUUGUUACAGUUGUAGGGAGUAUUAUCUGUGACAUAAGAGUGAGUUGUUGUACAGUUGUAGGGAGUAUUAUCUGUGACAUAAGAGUGAGUUGUUGUUGUCCAUAGACGAUCUUCGAAGCGUGUUUCAAACCGGAAGGGGCAGGUUUCAGACACGCACCUGUUUCCGGUCCGCUCCUCACGCUUAUCGUAAACAUUUCACUUUAACUAUUUUUUUAUUUUCAUUUAAACUGCGGAUUUUCCCCCGAAACCUGAAAUAAACUCACGGAGCCGCGGAGGAGUUUCGUGGUUUUUUCGUGUUUUUUUCUGUGUUUUCAGACGGACUCAUGGACGCGGUGGCGGGGCCGCUCUGGGCUCCGGGGAAAGGUCUUGGGUCUCGGGUCUCAGACUCUGGGACUAACACAGACCCGGACUGGGAGGACCAGGUCCGGACCAUGAUCCAGGUCGGGUCCAGACUGAGUCAGGACUUUAACGCCGAGAAACUGAAGCAGCAGCAGGACGAGCUGGACUUCAGCAAGAAGAAGAACGACGUGAAGAAGAGGAGGGACGAGGCGGUUCGACAGCACCAGGUUCUUCUGGAGAAGUUGGAUUCUGUUCGUGUGAAGCUGCAGCUCAACAAUUCCAAAACCACCAGGAAGAACUUCCUGUCCAAGAUCCAGGAAAUGACAUCAGAGCGAGACCGCGCCCGCCAAGAACGAGACAGGCUGGCGGCGGAGCUGGAGGAGGCGGAGUCUCGUCUGGCGGCGCUGGAGGCGGAGCAGGGGGCGGAGCGACGUCUCUGGGACCAGGAAGUGUCGGAGCUCCGGAGCCAAACUGAGCGCGCUCAGACGGCGGCGAGAGACGCCGAGCGCCGCGCCCAACGAGACGAGAGAACGAGCGUAGAACGAGAGAGAGACGCCAACGAAGAACGAGUGGACGCCUGGCUCCAACAGGUGGGCGUGUUCCUGAGCGGGCUGAGGGCGGAGCUUCCUCAGCGGUUCUGUCAGGAGGGGGCGCUGUGGGAGUCUCGGGAGCAGGCGGUGAAGAGGAGACAGAGCGAGACCCGGAGCCGCUUCAGCGAGCGCCUGACGCACCUGCAGCAGGGACAGCACCUGGACACCCUGCCGCCUGUGCCCCUGCCGCACCUGCCGCCUGUGCCCAUGGCGGACUUGUUUUUUCACCGUAUUAUGCAAGUGACUCCUCGCCAUCCGGCUCCGCCUCCUCACUCUCAGGCCCCGCCCCCUCAGGCCCCACCGCCUCAGGCCUCUCUCCCUCAGGCCCUGCCUUUGGUCUCUCCCUUCCCGCCUCCUGCCGUUCAGCCAAUCAGAGCCCCCCUCCUCCCGACUCCGCCCAGACACGCCCACUUCCCCGUUCAGCCGCCGCCUCCUCAGUUUCCGGGGCAACGCCUCCUGCCGCCGUCGCAUCCUCCUCCUCCGCGCUUCGCCGUGACCUCACUUCCUGUCCACACCCCGCCCCCUCGCGCGCAGACUCCUCCCCUCGCCACAGCCAGGGCCGUGACCCCGCCCCCUCCCGCCGCCGCCGUCGGGACGUUGAGCAAAAUCCUGGAGAAGUUGAAGGUUCAGUUCCCGGCGCAGUCGAGCCUGGAGCUCACCAAGCUGCUGCAGCAGGUGAAGACGGACCGCGGGACCCUGGCCGGUCUGUCCAUGGAGGAGGUGAUCGACCGGGUCCGACUGAAGGUCGAGGCGUCCGCGCCCGCGCCGCCGCCGCCCCGAAAGCCCUGCCUCGUGUGUCAGAAACCCGUCGACCCCGGGGCCAAGUUUGAGCUGAACUGUGUCCACACGGUGCAUAAAGAAUGUAUCCAAGUGUGGCUCAAGUCCAGCAAGAGCAACACCUGCCCCUUCUGCCCCAGCAAGAACUGACCCGGGACUCACCCGGGACUGACCCGGGACUGACCCGGAACUCACCCGGGACUGACCCGGGACUCACCCGGAACUCACCCGGGACUGACCCGGGACUGACCCGGAACUCACCCGGGACUGACCCGGGACUCACCCGGACUCACCCGGGACUGACCAGGGACU